GGCUGAUGCUCACGCAUUUGCCCCUCAUCUGCCGAGCGCAUCCGCCUUGAUAUCCCUGCGUCUGCCGCCUGCCUCCCCCCCCGCUCCCAUCAGCCAUGUCCGCCAUGCUCUACAAGCGAGUCGCUGCUGUCGCCGCCCCCUCGGUGAGCCGCUCGCUGCUGGCCCGCUCCAUGAGUGGCAACACCAAGGUCAUUCCGUCGGCUGAAUCCACCACCGGCAGCGAAAUCUUCGAGGUCGAUGCGCUGAAUGGAUGCCCUCCCGAAAUCAGCCGUCGCUCUGUCCGCAUCUAUGCUCCCGCCAAGACCGCCAUGCAGUCCGGAACCAACAAGACCAACAACUGGAGAAUCGACUUUGAUACCUUGGACCGAUGGGAGAAUCCGCUGAUGGGCUGGCAGAGCAGCGCCGAUCCCUGCCAGGGCCUGGCUACGCUGAACAACUUCCGCUCCAAGGAGGACGCCAUCCGAUUUGCCGAGCGACACGGCUACGACUACUGGAUCGAUGAGCCCAAGCAGGCCCACUUCCGCAUCAAGUCUUAUGCCGAAAACUACAAGUAUGUCCCCGGCAAGCUCCGCAUCGCCAAGACAAAAUAAGCUUAUUGCCCAGUGCCACAUCGCCAACAGUGAAGUCCAGAAGCCUGGUCAUUGAGACAAUACACUCAUCCGAUACUCCCGUCGUCACAACAUGCGCUGCCUUGUGCCGCUACACAGUUGUAUCUCAUGGCUGCAACUCUGUCCUACUGCGACGAUUCGGUGGUAUCACGUCCUGAGCCGAGAACGAUUUGUGGCUUGAUGGAAACCACAGUAGCUCCGCAGCGAGGACACGGAUAGGACGAGUCCGAGAGGAUACUGGAUCUAGCACG